AUGCCUCCCAAGAAGAAGAAUGUGGAGACCACCCCGGCUAAGCCUGCAAAGGCUUCGGCCAAAACCUCGACCAAACCUGCGGCCAAAGCCGCAUCCAAGCCUAUCGCAGUAGGCCGUGGUCGCCCAAAGAAGACCGACGCCGCUCCAGCCCCUAAGCCAACUACCACCAAGACCACCAAGGCCUCGGCGAAGAAGGUCACCAAGACGGUGACGAAGAAGGAGCCCGCCGCUGCCGCCGCCGACGCGUCAAAGAAGACGACGCAGUCCGCCGAGAAGGCCACCAAGGCGAAGGCCUCGACCAUGUCGACCGCCGGGUCAAAGAAGCGCAAAGCCGAGGAGGCCGAGGAGGCCGAGGAGGCUGAGGAGGAGAAGCCCCGCGUGCCCAAGAAGCCUCGCGUCAUCCGCGAGGCCAAGCCCAAGGUCGUGAAGCCAAAGGCCGUUGCCCCCAAGGUUGUCAUCAACGAGGUCCCCAAAACUCGUCUGAACGUGUUUGUGUGUGGUGAGGGAAGCUCCGGUGAGCUGGGACUGGGUGCAGCCAAGGCUGCCAUCGACGUGAAGCGACCCCGGCUCAACAAGUUCCUGGACGCUCAGGAAGUUGGUGUUGUGCAAGUCGCAGUUGGAGGCAUGCAUUGCCUGGCCCUAACCCACGACAACAAGAUUUUCACCUGGGGUGUGAACGACCAAGGCGCGCUCGGACGCGACACGACCUGGGACGGUGGCUACAAGGAGAUCAAGGAGGACGCCGGUAGUGACUCGGAUUCGGAAGAUGAGGACGACAGCGGUCUGAACCCGCGUGAGUCGACUCCUACCGCCAUCCCUUCUAGUGCAUUCCCCGAUGGAACCGUCUUUGUUGCCGUUGCUGCCGCCGAUAGCGCGAGUUUUGCUCUGACCGACGAUGGUCAGGUUUACGGUUGGGGAACCUUCCGAAGCAACGACGGAGUCUUGGGCUUUGAUCCUGAGCACCACAUUCAGACCACCCCCCUUCUUAUCCCCUCCCUCAAGAAGAUUAAACAGCUCGCCUGUGGUGCCAAUCAUGUCCUCGCCCUCAAUGACCGCGGAAGCGUCUUCUCCUGGGGUUCUGGCCAGCAGAACCAGCUCGGUCGCCGCAUCGUCGAGCGUAACAAGCUCCAUGGUCUGCAGCCUCGUGAGUUUGGCCUGCGUAAGAACAUUGUUCACGUCGGCUCCGGUUCCUACCACUCCUUCGCUGUGCACGCCAACGGCACGGUUUACGCCUGGGGUCUGAACAGUUUCGGUGCCACCGGUAUCCGUGACAACGCCGGCGACGAUGAGGCCGCUAUCUCUCACCCUUCCCCUGUCGAGUCGCUCUCCAACCAGAACAUCACCCAGCUCUGUGGCGGCGCUCACCACUCAAUUGCCCGCACUGCCGAUGGCAAGUGCCUGGUUUGGGGUCGUGUCGAUGGUCACCAGUGCGGCAUCAAGGUCGACUCCCUUCCAGACGAUUCGGUCAUCAAGGACGCGCGCGGACGUCCCCGUAUUCUGAUCGAACCCACUGAAGUUCCCGGUAUCAACGCCGUGGCCGUUGCCGCGGCUUCGGAUCACUCGCUUGCUAUUGACGCUGACGGUCGUGCUUGGUCUUGGGGCUUCUCCGCCACCUACCAGACUGGACAGGGCACCCAGGAUGACAUUGAGGUAGCCACCAAGAUCGACAACACUGCUACUCGUGACCGCAAGCUGAACUGGGCCGGUGCCGGUGGGCAGUUCUCCGUCUUCACCGACGCCGCGUGA